AUGUUAGAAAAAGACGAGGAUGCAAUAACUUGGUUCGACAAAGCAUUAGCUAUUAAUCCAAAACAAAUUAAAUCUUUAAGUGAAAAAGGUUAAUGUUUAAAGAUGUUAGAUAAGUAUGAGGAUGCAAUCGUUUGGUUAGACAAAGCAUUAGCUAUUGAUCCAAAGCAUGUUAAAUCUUUUAGUGAAAAAGGUGCAUGUUUAAGGAUGUUAGGUAAAUAUGAGUAUGCAAUCACUUGUUUCGACAAAGCAUUAGCUAUUGAUCCAAAACAUGUUUUUUCCUUAUGUGAAAAAGGUUAAUGUUUAAGAAUGUUAGGUAAUCACAAGGAUGCAAUCACUUGGUUGGAAAAAGCAUUAGCUAUCGAUCCAAAAAAUGUUAGAUCUUUAAGUGAGAAAGGAGAAUGUUUAAGAUUAAUGAAGCAAUAUGAUAAAUCAGAAAAAGUUCUCCAUUAAGCGCUAUAACACAAUCCUAAUUAUACAUUUAGUCUUAAUAGUCUUGGAAUCUGCUUACAAUUGAUGAAUGAAAAAACUUAAAGAUGCAAGAUUAGCAGAAAAAAAAUAAAGAAGUUUAUAGAU